AUGACGGACCUCACACCAGCCCUGAACCAGCUUCUGUCCACCAAACAUGGCUCUUCAAUUCCGAGCCCGAAGACCCGGCGGCCCUCCACCGAGACCGCCGACGAGUUCCUGAAAGAAGCAUAUCGAAUUAACUCCCACAUCCACUCUCUACUCCAAUACCUCCAAUCCAUCCGACACGCCUACCUGUCCACAACAACAGCAGCAUCGCAACGCCGCGCAAGCAAUGCCCGAACCCACAAAACCUCUCCAUCUUUCUCCUCACCGUCAUUUACUCCCACCGGAAAGGGAACCCUCCCACCACAGCACCAGCACACCCCCUCCAAAACCCAAACCCACCUCACCGACCCCGAGCGCGACGCCGUCGACUCCUCAACCGCCCUCCUCCUCCGCGACCUCGCCGCCUCCAUCGCCAACCUCGCCUCCGCAGAAUCCCUGCGCCAAGAAACCGAGUCCACCGUCCUCCGCAAGCAGUACGGCCACAGCGCCGCCGGCGCGCUGCUCUGGCGCUGGGCCGGCGGCUCAGGCGCCCUGGGUGACAGCGGGGCCGAGACUGCCCCCGAUGGCAAAUCCGUGGAGCAGAUGCAGGCGGAAGAGCGCGCGCGCUCGGUCCGCACGGUGAGGGAAAGCGUGUUGUGGUUUUUGCGCCGGGGGCUCGAGGGUGCGGCGAGUGUGCAGCGCGAGAUGGUUGAGAAGCGUAUUGAGCGUGUGCGGGAGAAGGAGAAGAGUGUGCUUUAUAAGGCUACUGCUGGCGGUCUUCCCCCUUCUUCUGCGGCUGCACGGUCAAGGAAGGAAUCCGUGGGCCCGGCCGAGGCUGGUCGCCGGCGUUCGGGUGCAGGAGCUGCGUCGCCGCCUUUAUCUGCUCCUGAUGCGGCGGUUCUCAGUGAUGCCGAUACCGCACAGAUCGAGUCGCAGCUCUCGCCGGAGCAGUUGCAGCUGUUUGCUGAGGAGAAUGAUUCCAUGCUACGGCAUUACCAGGAUACGUUGGGGAAAGUCCAAAACGCCGAGAAAUCUCUCGUCGAAAUCUCUUCGCUCCAAGAAACCCUCGUCUCGCACCUGGCCACCCAGGAAGAGUACAUCGCGCAGCUCGUCACGGACGCAGAUACCACGCAGACGAAUGUCGGCCGCGGCAAUCGUGAGCUCAAGCGUGCCACCGAGCGGCGGAGUACGGCGCAGGCGGUGUUCUGGGGGACCGUGGGUCUGUGUACGUGGCUGGUGGUGUGGGACUUGGUUUUUUGA